AUGGGUGUGGUCAAACUACCAAAAUUAUCGGAUUAUUGGUCGAAGGACGAAGUUAUCGGUCAUCCUUUUCCUAGAACUGCUAUGUCACGUAACCGCUUCGAAAUUCUGCUUCGCAUGUUGCAUUUUUCUGAAGAUGACGAGAAAAACAAGGCCGAUCGACUUCAUCGUGUAAGGAAGCUAAUGAACGAUUUAAAUGAGUGUUUUCGGCAACAUUAUACGGCAAAUGAAGAUAUUUGUAUCGAUGAGAGCAUGGUGCCAUUUCGUGGAAGGAUUUUAUUUAGGCAGUAUAAUAAACAAAAGCGGCAUAAGUAUGGUGUUAAACUAUUCAAGCUGUGCUCCAUUCCUGGAUAUACACACAAAGUUAAUAUCUACGCUGGAAAAAACAUGGACACUAUAAACACAACACCCACAAAUGUUGUGAUGAAUAUGUGUGAAGGCUAUUUUAACAGGGGGCAUACUUUGCAUACCGAUAAUUGGUAUACCAGUAUUGAUUUGGCGCGAAGACUUUUGGAGAAGCAAACUCAUCUUGUCGGGACAGUCAAGAAAAAUAGGAGGGGGCUUCCUAAAAAAGUAACCAACACGAAACUCAAGAAGGGCCAUUACUGUGCGGAGGAGAGCCGAGAUGGAAUAACGGUGAUGAAGUGGAAAGACAAGCGCGAUGUUCUUGUUUUAUCCACAAAGCACUCUGUGCGCUUCGUUGAGAUCAUAAAACGUGGACAGGUUGUGAAGAAGCCUCAAAUCGUUUUGGAAUACAAUAAGGCCAAAGGAGGUGUGGAUUUAGCAGACCAGAUGGCUUCUUAUUCAACUCCACUUCGCAAAUCCAUCCGAUGGUACAAAAAAAUUGCAUUAGAUAUGCUUCUAAAUAUAGCUAUGAUCAAUGCUCAUGUUUUGUACCAGUCUGUAACCAAAACAAAAAUAAAAGUAACAGAUUUUAGAGUUGCAAUUUUGAAAUCAUUCUGUGCUAAACAACAAGCAGAUGAACCAGCCUUAACAAGACCGAAAAGACAGAAACAUAUUUUGGUGAAGUUAGACGGCCCAUCAAGGAUGACUAGACGAAAUUGUGGGGAAUGCUACAAAACGAAUGUCAAAAACUUGGGUCGCUUACAAGCACGAAAUAAGACGAAAAAAGUAAACACUUUUUGUAGCGUUUGUCCUGAAAAGCCAAUUUUGUGCCAUGACUGUUUCUUUAAACUGCAUUUUUAG